AACCGCGGAAUUUGAAUCGCGCAAGCAGGCGGCGCCGGCGCCAUGGGGGCUCAGUUCUUGCCACCGACCUGGCAGCUCUAUCUCAAGGACCACCGCGUCUCCACGUUCAAGAACUGGCCCUUCCUGGAGGGCUGCGCCUGCACCCCGGAGCGGAUGGCCGAGGCCGGCUUCAUCCAUUGCCCCACUGACAACGAGCCCGACUUGGCCAAGUGUUUCUUCUGCUUCAAGGAGCUGGAAGGCUGGGAGCCAAGUGACAACCCCUUAGAGGAACAUAAAAAGCAUUCGUCUGGGUGUGCGUUCCUUUCUGUCAAGAAGAAGCUUGAAGAAUUAACCCUUGGUGAAUUUUUGAAACUGGACAAAGAGCGAGCCAAGAACAAAAUUGCAAAGGAAACCAACAGCAAGCAGAAAGAAUUUGAAGACACUGCUAGGAAAGUCCGGCAAGCUAUGGAGCAGCUGGCUGCCUUAGAGUGAACCUUGCUGUGGUCACCUGGUCCCAGGGUAACACGACUUUUCCCAGGCCUGGUCCCCCGUGUUACUGCCUUUCUGUGGAACUCCUAGAAGUACCUUAGGAAAGGAGAAUGCCAAAAUUUUGAAAUUGGACGUUUAGACUGAGUUUUGUUUCUCCUGAAGUGGCAUCAGCGCCUCUCUGCCUGUGUGGCGGUGCUGCCUGUGACAGUAGCUGUGCCUCUCCCUCGUAGGUGGCUCUUGCUCUGUUGAGCCCUGGCUUGGAGGCGAGAGUGGGGAGGAAGAGGGCAGAGUCCCUGUGACUAGACCUGAUGGGCAGCGGAGGAGGGCACAUGCCUGCACAGGAGUUGCUGAUCUUGGUGUUCCCAAUAACCUGUGAGCCUCUGGCUGCCCGUAACUCACCUGUCUUUCUGAUGUGACUCCUCCUACAGGGUG